AUGGCGACUGACUGGCAACCCGGCUGCAUGGUACCUCCCAAUCCACCAGCACUUGAGAGUAUAUCAGCCCAUUCAGACCGGGCUCUUCAAAAUACCUCUGGGAAUGUACAAUCAUAUUCGGACAGCUUAGCAUACAGCGAUACUACUGUGCGGGAUGGCCAUCCGUCACAAUAUGCCGUCAAGUACCCUCAGCACCCUCCGGUCCCAACCCACCCAUUGCAAACUGCUCCCAGUCUCCAUCAUCCGCAGGUCCUUGCCAAUCGAUUCCAAGCGAAGAAACUGAGACGUUUGCAGUCAUUCGGACCCAGUCUAGUUGGGCCUCGUAGAGCAAGAAGCUAUUUGAAAUCUCAAAAGUAUCUGGAAUAUAGGGCACGUCCUCGACGGGACACGGGGAAGGAUGGAGAACCCGUAUGGUCAGACGAGCUCGAGGAUGCUUUUCAACAAGCUCUUGAGGCAAAUCCUCCAAUGGGUAGAAGGAAGUGGUCUGAACGCGGGAAAUCGUAUGGCCGAAACGAGCUGAUUGCCGAAUUUAUCUACAAGGCCACGGGCAAAAGGAGAACUAGGAAGCAAGUCUCCAGUCACUUACAGGUCCUUGACUCUUUUCUCAAAGGAGAUCCGGAUUGGGAAAGGCUGGUGCGAGAACAGCCCGCGGAUCGUUCGGGCAGUCACACUCAUUCGAUCGGUCCCAAAUGGAGGAACCCCGUAGAACAUCCUCUGUCAAGUCACUAUGGGCACCAUCUGCACAAUCCCUACAAUGAUCACUUGAGAAUGGUGCAGCCCUAUGCCGGGGAGUUACCACCCCCCCACUUCGUUCUGAAUCCAACCAUGCGAGACCCCACAGUCAACACGGUCCAUGGUCUUAGCUUUGAGAUGUGGGUGAACGCUCCAAAUCGGCAUGAUCUUAUCGAAAACGCUCUACAUAUAUACACGCGCCUUCAAGUAGACCAACGUCUUCCCAUUGCGCCGCCAGCCCCAUUGGAAAACCUCACGGGCUGGCGUACUAGUUUUCCUUAUCUUAGUUCGUUGAUGGCAGACCUACGCCGUCCAUUGAAUUGCGAGAUCGUUUACCUCGAAGCCAACCUUGACUUGAUGGACGAUUUCCCUCCUUCUGGCUCCAGACUAGGGAUCCAGAUGGAAUUAGAUUUCGCACAUCCCGCUACAAAUGAUGCGCCUAUGGUUAGCCACAUGGAGAAUUGGACCUGCAGCACCUAUAUAUAUGAUAAUGGUCAGCGAAUGACACAUGCUAAUAAGAAGCUUUCUAAGCCGUCGUCGACCAAGGUGACGCCGCUUUUUGAAUCUAUGUGGUGGGCUAAGCUUUUUACCCAGCUCACUCAAGAGAAGCAAGUAGCGGAAAAGCCUGAACAACAAGAAGCUGCUGAUGAGCAAUCAAGGCAGUUCUUCCGCACGAUGUCAGCGGUCCAAGAGAUCAGGGCCACACCUCCGGCUCCUCGGCGACACUCACAUUCGUACUCUGGGCUGCCCGAGGAGGAAAGUGUGCCAGUGGUCAUCUUGCUCUGGAAAUUCCGCCAGACAAGGCCUGGGGAGGUAGGAACGACGACAUGGCGGAAGCUGAUUCCUCCACCAGAUCGAACCACGACGAAUAGCCCCCGGCCAGCAACCGGAAUCGACCUCCCACCCUUGUCACUUGACUCGAUCUUGUUGAACAAGCCGGCUCCCAGCGUCUACAAUGCUCCUCAGCACCACGACCUGCUGCAUCAUACUGGGACCUCACAACCGCCGUGGCCUCUUUAUCAGCCACCGCAGGAGAACAUGUUCGGCUCAACUGGGAACUUUGAUUUUCUAAACUCAAUUACCAAGGCAGAGGAUGGGCUCGGGGACAAAACGGCGGUCACGUCAGUAAUAGAUUCGUUUCCUAACUUACCACCGCAAGAAACCAGCCAGCCAGCUCACCUCAACGGCUCCAGCGGCGGACCCGUGAUGCUCCACGUCCCCGACAUCCUGUCCCAUCCGAAUCUCAGCGGAUACAAUAUGGGCCAUGAUGGACACUACCAGGACAAUGGAAAUGUGUUGAACAAUAUUUUUGGGUCUGGAUCGCAGUCAAUUGACGAGAUGGGACAUAGUCAUGCGGCAUGGUCCACACCGUCGACGACGAUCCCCGGCGACGUUGGCUCCAACAACUACACUCAUCUCCAGUUUCCAUCAUCCGAGAGCCAAGUUCCCGUGUCACGAGAAUCGCACCAGUCGAACACUUUCGCGGAGCUGAUAGGACCCGAUGACCUGAUCGAUAAGCUUGUUGGACAUAUUCCCGGUGAUCCUGGUAUGAAUGGGGCCGGUCCCGAUCAUGCCAAUUCCGCGUAUACCGAGACGAACGCGGUCGAGACGGUCUAA